CAGUACUGCUGCUGGAGUAGAUAAACAAUACACUGAUAUAUAUUCAUCGACACUCAGAAAAAGAGCGGGAAUAAGGGCCGCACCGAGUUAAACAUAGACUGUACUCAGCUGGCGAUUAUUACCAAGCGGAGAGAUAAGAUUUUUGUGGAGGAGAGAGACGGCACGAGAGCAGAGCGAGGUGGGAAGGAAAGAAGCUCAACAUCUACACAAAGGAAGGAGAGGGGGAAGGUUUAAUCACACAAUGAUCUCCACACAUGCCUGAUUCAGCUGAGGAGAAGCACUAUUAUAAAGUUAAUUUAUAUCCCACUAUUACCUGUCCUCCAUUCUCUGGCCUCUCCAGCUGAGUGGCUGCCCAUGUUCCCUAAGCUUUGUUAUUUUUGCUACACUGCGGGCGUGCUCCAAUGCUGAGCUCCGCCGCAUAGCCAUACCAUGACCAGUCUAAAGCGUUCACAGACCGAACGUUCUGUGGGCGGCUCUGUUCCCGCCACAGAUGAGUUUUACACUCGUCGUCUGCGCUUGCCCAAUGGAGGUGCACCACCCCCUCGCAGCGAGAGCACACACUUGACUGGCACGCCUGGAGUUCCCAAAAUGGGAGUUAGGGCACGGGUUGCUGACUGGCCUCCCAGGAAAGAUGGCAGCAGUGGUGGAGGAAAUGAAGUGGGUGUGUGGCACAUCACAGUGGAGGCUGAUUCCCCUUCUACCACCACAGGAAGCACCCAGAGUAACUUGUCGACCAAGCUCGGUCACCUGAUAAGCCCGCAGGACUCAUCCAUGCUGCGUAACAUUCACAACACACUGAAGAGCAAGAUGCAUAGCAAAGGUAAAGACAAUCGCUUUCUCUCCCCGGAUGGUCAUCUCGGUUCGCCCCGCAAGAACAUGCGGCGAAUCCGACAGCGCAGCAACAGCGAUAUCACCAUCAGUGAGCUGGAUGGCGAUGGCAGUGAGGGCUGGUCUUUUUCAGGCUGGACACCCAUGCAUAGAGAGUAUGGUAGCACCUCCUCAAUCGACAAGCAUGGCGUAUCUGGCGAGAGCUUCUUCGAUAUGCUUAAAGGUUACCAGACCGAUGCUCCUGACCAGCGCAGCCCUGCCCCUGAAAAGUUGAGUGAGUUGCUGACAGUAGCCCAUAAACAAACUGCCCUUGACCUGCCUGAUGGACCUCUGGGUCCUCCACGUGGCAGUCCUGCCAGUCGCCUGAAAGAAAGAGAAAAACACCUGAAACGGCGUUCCAAGUCAGAGACAGGAGGAGAGUCCAUUUUCCGCAAGCUACGUAGCGUUAAAGCUGAAGGUGAUUCAUCACGUGCAGGUUCUGAUGCAGAAGAUGGAAAGUCUGAUGAUGCAGGUCCUCCUCCCAAACCAUGGGUCUGCCAGAAAGGGUUUGCACACUUUGACGUCCAGAGUAUUCUGUUUGACCUGAAUGAGGCCGUGCAAAGUCGACAAAGUGCAGUUAAGAGGAAGAACACCACCACCGGUGCCUCUGCUGCAGCUGCUGCCUCUGCUUCCAACACAUCAUCUCUCUCAUCCACCCAAAGUGGGGCUUACGGCUCCCCUUGCGGCAGCCAGGAGGAGCUCAACAUCAAGGAUGGACCUUCUCUUGACUCGGGUGACGACAAGAGCAACGAUCUAGUUCUCAGCUGCCCAUGUUUUCGUAAUGAGAUUGGUGGUGAAGGAGAGAGAAAUAUCAGUCCUUCAAAGCAGGGCAGUAUCGGCAGUGGGGCCUCCAGCUCUUCAAUAGACGAAGAAGGAUCCCCCGAAAGAGCUCCCAACACCCAUUUUAGUAAUGCAGGGGUAGCUGUUCUUGAAGCGCCCAAGGAUGGCAAGAGUCUCCACCAUGAUCGUGAAAAAAGCAACAUAGUUGAACAUGUGGACUUGGGUGCCUAUUAUUAUAGAAAGUUCUUUUAUUUGAGAGAGCACUGGAACUACUUGGGUGUCGAUGAGACACUGGGGCCAGUAGCUGUUAGUAUUCGUCGGGAGAAACUGGAGGAUCACAAAGAGCACGGCCAGCAAUACAAUUACAGAAUCAUCUUCAGAACCAGUGAGUUAACAACCUUAAGGGGCUCCAUUUUGGAAGACUCUGUGCCCUCCACCUCCAAGCAUGGCUUAGCUCGAGGUCUGCCUCUGAAAGAGGUGCUAGAAUAUCUUGUCCCUGAACUCAAUGUUCACUGCCUCCGACUUGCCCUCAAUACACCCAAGGUCACAGAGCAGCUGAUGAAACUGGACGAGCAGGGGCUCAGUUUCCAGCUGAAGGUGGGAGUCAUGUACUGCCAGGCUGGGCAGAGCAGUGAGGAGGAGAUGUACAAUAAUGAGGCAGCAGGUCCCUCCCUGGAGGAGUUUCUGCAGUUGCUGGGAGAAAGGGUGCGCCUUAAGGGUUUUUCUAAAUACCGUGCACAACUGGACACUAAAACGGAUUCUACUGGAACCCACUCUUUGUACACAACUUUUAAAGACUAUGAGAUCAUGUUCCAUGUGUCGACAAUGCUCCCCUACACACCCAAUAACAAACAGCAGCUGCUAAGGAAAAGACACAUUGGAAAUGACAUAGUUACAAUCGUGUUUCAAGAGCCCGGUGCAAAACCCUUUAGCCCAAAGAACAUCCGUUCGCACUUUCAACACGUCUUUGUGGUUGUACGAGCACACAAUCCAUGCUCUGAAAACACCUGCUACAGUGUUGCAGUGGCACGCUCCCGAGAUGUACCAGCUUUUGGACCAACUAUUCCUGAGGAAGCAACAUUUCCAAAGUCCACCAUCUUUCGAGAUUUCUUGCUGGCCAAGGUCAUUAAUGCUGAAAAUGCAGCCCACAAGUCGGACAAGUUCCGUGCCAUGGCCACUCGGACAAGGCAGGAGUACUUGCGGGACCUGGCUGAACGCCACGUUACGAGCACACCUAUCGAUCCCUCUGGCAAAUUCCCUUUUAUUUCUCUGGCACACAAGCGAAAAGAGAAGACACGGCCAUAUCUUUGUGCAGAAAUGCGCAGUCCGGGGGCCAUCACCUGGCCUGUUUACGCAGAGGACCAUGGGGCUGGAGGAGAACUGCAAGGUCUACUGGCCAUUUCCAAUGACUUUCUUGUGGUUGUGGACCCAGAGGCCAAGGCUGUAGUCUUCAACUGCACUGUCCGAGAUGUUAUUGGUUGGACUAUGGGAAGCCCUGCUUCCAUGAAGAUCUACUAUGAGCGUGGAGAGUGCAUCUCACUGCGCUCCAUCAACAACAACACAGAAGACUUCCGUGAGGUUGUCAAACGUUUGGAGCAUUUUACUAAAGGCUGUGAAACCAGUGAGAUGACCUUGCGGAGGAAUGGACUGGGCCAGCUUGGCUUUCAUGUUAACUACGAGGGCAUUGUGGCAGAGGUGGAGCCAUACGGUUAUGCCUGGCAGGCGGGGUUGAGGCAAGGCAGUCGAUUGGUUGAGAUUUGCAAGGUGGCUGUGGCAACACUUUCACACGAACAGAUGAUAGACCUACUCCGCACCUCAGUGACUGUGAAAGUUGUGAUCAUACCACCCCAUGAGGAUGCCACACCUCGGAGGGGAUGUUCAGAGCUGCACCGUAUGCCUGUGGUAGAAUACAAGGGUAGCAAUGAGAGCGGCUCAUUUGAGUACAAGUUCCCUUUUCGAAGCAAUAACAACAAAUGGCAGCGAACCUCAUCCAGUCCACAGCAGUCCCUCACCGCCUCGCCCCAGAGUCACAGCGGAACACCGAACCGGGCUGUCAGCCUAGGGGCCAGCAUGGGCAAAACCCUCUCUGCUGAGCGGCCUGAGAGAGCUGCUCAAAUCCCCCGCAGCGUUUCUAGUGAUGGCAGGCCACUGGAUUGCAAAAGGAUGUCUCCAGGUUCUGAGAACUAUGCCCUGAGCUCCUCUCUCGUGUUGGGCCGCUCGCCGCACAACCGCAGCUCCCCCAGUAACCUCUCCUGCUCCAGUGACACGGGCUCUGGCAGCUCAGCUCACUGGAGGCAGAAGUCCAUGCCUGAGGGAUUUGUGCACAACAGGCACUCUCCUCUACCAGCAGAGCGGCAAAUCGUGGCAGAAGUUGGGAGCAGCGGCAAGUCGACCCACAACUGGACCAGAGUUGAAGACGGCUCUGACAGACCACCAUCAGAUACUCCAGUCACUAAGUCUAGCUCCUCCUAUUCAGGCGGCCCACGCAUCCAGAGGCAGGAGCAGGUCAUUCACCUUUCUCCCAAGAAGGGCAGCCAGUCAGAAGGUCCUCACUCUCACUCCAGCAGUAACACUCUCUCCAGCACCACGUCCAGUGGGGGUCACAGUGAUGACAAGUGGUAUGAUCUAGGUGGUGGAGGACUGGGAGAGCAGCCGGAUGCGGAGCCAAAUGGUCUAGGCGGUGGUGGAUACCUGAAGGGUGCUUCAGCAGACAGUGGCAUUGAUGCCACAUCGUACGGCCCCCCUCAUGGGAGUCCCAGCUCUCUGCUGACUGUGGGAGCUCCUGGGCCACCCAGAGAGCGUGCUCCUUCACCCUGGCACAGCCCCACAGAAGGGGGCCGAAGGGUGCUUGAGAGGUCCCCUCCUGCUGCAGAGUCUCCAGUGUCCCCUGCAGAUGGGCCGCCUACAACCCGAAGCCCAUCAACUCAUCUGCUGGUCCGGGAUGGCAGUUCCUACAGUCUGAGCGACAUGGCGUCCUAUUCCAGCACACGCCACUCUGUCAGCCCUGCUGUCCUGAGCUCCAGCCACAGCUCCCCACGAGAAGAGUCUUCCUCAGCCACCUCCUCCUCCUCCUCCCAGAGCUCUGUGUCACCUGGCCCCAAGAGUUUCUAUCCUCGUCAGGGAGCCACCAGCAAGUACCUGAUUGGCUGGAGGAAACCGGGCAGCACCAUCAACUCUGUGGACUUUGGGGACACACGCAAAAGACCACAGGGUGAAGGGACAGACGGUGGUUCAUCUCAGCCCAGGCCUUCUCUCAGAGAUCUGCACUCUGCUCAAGCUAUGUGCAAGUCCACAGUGGAAAAGGACCUGAAGAAACUCAGUGUAACAGACAGUCCCCCAUCCAAACAACACAAGGAGAAGCAGUCGUCCUCCUCAGGCCCAUCAACCUCAGGGAGGCGUUCUCUUCAGCGCACCUUGUCAGAUGAGAGUAUAUAUCGGGGUCAACGGCUGCCAUCUCUGGGAGAUUCCAUUCUGGAGCAGGCUCUUGCCAGCGACGUGCUCUUCAGCUGCUCUACCCUUCCACGAUCUCCAACCACCCGUGGCGCCCCAUUGCGUAGACCCUCCUACAAAAUGGGCAUCAAGAUGCAUGGUGACUUCUCAGCGUCUGACACGUCUCUAGCAGACCUGCAUGAGCGACAGAGGCGGCCUCCACCUGAAAUGGGUCUCAUGCCCCUUCCAGACACGGACACUGGCAGUGGCCUGGACUGGACACACCUUGUGGAUGCUGCCAAUGCUUUUGAGGGUGAGAAAAGACCACAGCGCAUCCAGAGAGGAUUUAUGUUUAGUUCUCAGGACGUCAGUCAGAGAGGAGAGAGUUCACUCAGUCCUCAACACCUAGACCUUCAACCAGUGCCCCACUCCAGACUCUCUCCUAGUGAGGGGCCGAGAAGCUACGGUGGAAAGGUUUCUCAACUGGAGGCUUUUGUGAAGAUGUUACAGGACGACUUGAAGAAGGAAAGGGAAGAUAAAUUGAAACUGCAGGCACAAAUUAAGAGGCUUUGGGAGGACAAUCAGAGGCUGCAAGAAGAGUCUCAAAGCUCUGCAGCCAAGCUGAAGAAGUUCACAGAAUGGGUCUUCAAUACCAUCGAUCUGAACUGAGUCAUUAGCAGAAGACAGGGGAAAUCAAUGGACUUUCUGAGGACCAGACAGAAGUGGGAGAGACUUACUCACUGCACCAUGUGCUACCAGAUUAAGAACUAUCCACUCAAAAUUCAAUGAAAUUUCUUCACAAACUGCUAAACAUUUUAAACCUUGUUGAUGAGGAACCAACACUGACUUGACUCACUGAGUCAAAAGAAAAAAAAAAUCUUUACUUCUAGACUCUCCAGAUCACUUGGGACAUCAUUAGAAGUGCCCACAGGAGUAACUAGUAACUGUCUGUGAUGCCAGCCUCUACCUUCCAGGCUGUUACAUUCUUUCCCUCCUGUGCCCUACUAACGACUAGCAACCUGACAUUCUGUUUCAGUCAUUUGGACAGUGCUACAGCCCAGCCCCAUCCAGACCUCAGAGACCAAGUAGAAGAAAAAAAAUUAAACCAUGACUCCUCAGCUACAUGGCCAUAUUUCAGCGCAUCCUAUAUAUUUCACCUUGAGCACCAAUUUUUGCCAUAUCGUGAAAUUUUGCAGAGUCAUUGUGGUUUUGGAAUUUCUGCUUUUUUUCUUGACUGCUCCGCUAUCAAAUUUGUCGAAAGCCUGCCCGCAUGCUCUGGCAAAUCAAUCUACAAAACUCCCUGCUCUUCAGAUACCAUUUGCAUUUCAAAAGAAGAAAAAGACCAUUUUUGAGGUGGCAUGAAGUGAUCUGCUCACAAUGAAGUCAAAACAUGUGUUGUGGUGUUUCAUCUCAACAUCAAUCAAAGCAAUAGCAGGGAGUCUAAAUCCUUGGCCUAAAUACUAGGCUCUGCAGGACUAAAAGCAAACCAUAAUGACUCUGGCAAUAUUCUGCUUCGAUUCCUGCUUCGAACGCUGGAGAUCCUACAGUCUCCAAGAAUGCCGAUCUGGAAUUUAAGGACAAAUCUUUAUUUGAGAACAGUUCCGUUAUUUAUUUAAGUUGUUAUGAGUAAAUAAUUCUCUUUGCGUGCAGUACAACAGACAUCUGUGAAUACCAUUUAUUUAGGAAGGAAAAAAAAUUAUCUUUUUUUUUUUUUUUUUUUUGAGUUCAGCCUGAGCUGCAGUACCUUUUGUUGUGCACGUUGUGGUGCCUUCGUCUGCUAUUGUGUUUCUUUAGUGCCAUCUAGUGGUGAUAAGUGAUUGUCUCACUUGAUUUCAGCUGUAAUCUAUUCCAGUUUGUUUACACGUUGCCUAUACACCCCCAUGCAAACAGUAGUGUUGGAAACCUUUCAUUUAGAGAGUUAACACAAUAAAAAGCAGACACAUGGGUAUUGAAUUCAAUAUCAGGGAUGAGAGGAAUUGCUUUUCUGAAAAAAGGGAUAAAAAGUCAGACUCUAAUGUAAGAAGAGCAUGAGGCUCCUUCAAGAACUGAACCGUUAACAGGAGACACAAGUUCUCUUGAAAAUUUGGUCUGCAUACACACAGAGUAGGUUCUCAGGUGCUGGAUGAUUUUAUUUUUCAAGCGGCCAUCAUUGCGUAAUGAGUGUGGAACCAAGAGGAAGAUCCAGCCAGAGGGAUGGUUUAGUUAAGAGCCAGGUUCACUGCCUGGGAUCAGUAAUAUUGAACAGUUUGCCCUGUAAUCUCAAACCCAGUUAUUGCACUUUGCUCUUGCCUGGUUCUUCCAUCUGAACGUAGUGGCAUUCCUGGACCAGAAUAGUCAGUCAUCAAAGACUAAACACUCUGCCCUAGUUCUAUCAUUGAACCAGUAAUGUAUAUUGUAUAGAUCUAAAUUUUCCUGUCAGCAGGGCCUCUUUAUUAUGUUCAGCAAGCUCUAGCCAAUUUCUCAGUACAAUGAAGACAGUGUCGAUUUCUAGAUACUUUACGUAUUAUGAAGAAAAUGUGCACAAUGGAUCCGGAGGUAACUUUGAUUUGCGCUCGUGUAGCGUGCAGCGAUAAUAGAUUCUGUUCUAGGAAUCACUAGAAGUAUCUCAGAAACUGCCUCCUGAUACCUGCAGAGAAUGAAACACUAAGAAUGCCAAACAUUUUGACUGCACAACACCGAGAAUAACAUGCCCAAGUGAAUAAGAGAUUAUUAGUUUCAUUUCCACACUGUAGUUUUCAAGUUUGCUGCUCCAGUACACAGGAGGGUGUAAAAAGAGUAUCAAACUUCCUGACUGCUGAAAAUAUGACUGCUAUUUAUUCUCUCAUCUCUCACCUGCCCUCUGGUUUGGUAUUCCUUUUUCCAGCUUUCUUAAUCAUUUUUAAAACAUAAAUGGCUUUGUUCUAAAACAAAAAAAGGUAACAUAUUGAUGACUGUGUUUAUGUGAAUGUUUAUUUCUUUUUUCAUUCUCCUCUAUUUUCUUAUUUUGUUCUUAGUUUCCCCAAAUUGAAUUUAUUUGCACUGUUUUUGAAUAAAUCUUAUAUUGCUAUUGGUUUAUGGACAUGCAUAAACAUAUGGCUCUUGAUGUUGUUUCUUGUUUUGUAUGCAGUUAAUUUUUAAGAGGCAAGGCUGGGAUUGUGCUUCCCUCCUUUUUUCUCUUUUAUAUUGUGUCAUUAGACAUUACUUCAUAUAUUCUCUGAUCUGAACUUUAAAGAAUUGUGUUUUAAUGAUGUGCACAUUUUAAUAAGGAGCAUUACAAUUACGAAAAGUACUGUUUACAUAUACUGUUCAUCAUCUUUGUAAAGUGUAGAGGUUUAAAAAGAGGCAAUUUCCAGUGAUUCCAAUAUUAAGGUUUCAUAAAUAAAUAAAAAUU